UAAUAAAGAUAUUUAGAUUUAAUAAAUAUUUCAAACGAUUUUUAUGCUUAUUUUAUUAUUCUUCAUUUAAGUGCAAUAUACUAAAUGCUUUAUGUUACAAAAAUAUAUUAUAGAUGAUGAGUUUGUAAAUAACUUAGUUAUAGAACAAUAUUUAAAAAAGAAUUCAAUAUUAAAUGUAGGUAGAAAAAGACAAUAUGAGUAUGAACUAUUUAGUCAAAACUGUUAAAAAAAGCAUUGUAGCUAGAUACCCGCCAUGUCAUAACACAAUUCGGCUAGAAGAAAGACGAGCGAAAGCUCGACUUCUAAGACAAGAAAGACGUAGGAAACCAGAUAAACCGGAUGACUUUGUUACAUAUGACGAUUCAGAAAGUGAAGAGGAAACUUUAACUGAACAGAAAGAAAUACUUAGUACCUCGUACAAUUUUGAUGAUUUUUUAAGAAGUCGGGAAUCGAACUUAAAAGAGGAAAGAACUAUAAGUAUGGACUAUGCGAGUCGUUAUAUACUUACGCAUGACAUGUUACGUGAAACUCCAAUCUCCUUGGGAUAUCUUAAUAAGGUAUUUUGUUCACAAUGGCUGAGCAGUAGGCAAAUUGUUUUCGGAACCAAAUGUAAUAAGUUAUUAGUUUAUGAUGUCAAUAUGAGAAGGGUUGAUGCUAUUCCAACUUUAUCUAAUAAUAGAUUUAAUCACCCUGAAAAUCAAGGAGGUCUUCAUGCAAUAGAAAUCAACCCAAGUAGAACAUUUUUAGCGACAGGUGCAAGAAAUUCUUCUGACAUUGCAGUAUAUCGACUACCAACUUUAGAUCCAGUUUGUGUCGGAGAAAACGGUCACAGAGAUUUAAUAAUGGGAAUGUGUUGGUUGGAUGAUCAAUUUUUGGUAUCAGGAUCAAAAGAUUCUAAAAUGUCCUUAUGGCGCAUAAAUGAGGAUUUAAUGGAAUUUCCCGAUGGAGGAGAAGAAGCUUGUCCCACAUUUGCUACUAUUAACCCAGUUUGUAUCAAGGACUGUCGUGCCGCACAACGAAUUCGUUCACUAUGCUUUAAUCCAGAUUUCAAGGAAAUUGCUGCACUUUCGUUAAACGGAUACAUUCACAUUUUUAAUGCCGAAAGUUUUAAACAAAAACUAUCAAGAAAGUUACCUAAUUGUCAAGAUAAUGUCAGCAUUGCUUACCAUCAAGAUGGACUAUAUGCUGUUGGCUGCCGUUCUUACACUAUUUUACUGGAUGCCAGAACUUUACAAGCUGUUAAAAAAAUAACUUCGCGCUAUAGUGGUUGUGGUAUACGUUCAACAAGUUUCGAAGGAAAUAUUUUAACUGUUGGAACUGGUUUAGGAAUGUUAAUGUUUUAUGACAUUCGUGCUGGAAAAUAUUUAGAAAGUUGUGUUAACGCUUCCAGAACGGUAGUUCUAAAAGCUAGUAGGGGCAUAGUGUACCCCGAAGAAGAAAUGGAUGGUUUUCAACAAGUAAAAUAUGUACCAGCGAUAUAUACUCACUGUUAUGAUAGUACAGGAAUGAGAAUAUUUGCUGCGGGGGGUCCGCUUCCUGCUACUUUGAUUGGCAAUUACGCUGGCGUAUGGCAGUAAACUUUACUUUACAUUCGUAUAAUCAUGUUAGAUAAUAAUAAUGAUGUAAACAAUAACCAUAGUAUGGCUUAAGAACGUUAAUCAAAUUCUUAAAUUUAUGGAUGUGGAAUUUUUUUUUGCAUGACAGUUUUAUUUAAAAACUCUUGACUGAUAUAAAAGUAUUUAUUUUAAAUAAGAUUAGGAAUAAAAAUUAGA